AACAUGUACUGUGCGCAGCGCGCAGUGCGCAGUGCCGCAUGAUUUCGCACGUCGAUUAAUGUAGCGAUGCUAAUUGCAUCUAGCGCCUUUAUCAAUAUAAUGAGCACAUGGAAAUUGAUACAGCGACGGUGUUACGACUUGCUCUCGCAUAAAUACUCAUUGCUCGUAAUAUUGGUGGCGUUUACUUGCAUAUUCAUCGGCAUAGUGCACUUUGGAGAGGUAUGGCUAGUAUGGAGCAAAGAGCAAUACGAGGCGGUGUUUCAUUCCUUCAAUGACAAUAUUUUAGGAAGAUCUUUCCAAAAAAAACUGUGUCAGCACGUUCCUAUAGAUGUGGUUUACACAUGGGUAAAUGGAUCCGAUCCGAUGUUUUUACAAAGUCUUCAGAAGCAUGUGCCUGUUGUGGAUCUCAGUGCCGCAGCUUCGAGAUUCAGUGAUAAAGACGAGUUGCGCUAUUCGUUGCGAUCGUUGGAAAUGUAUGCACCCUGGGUGAGGCACGUUUACAUCGUUACCAAUGGUCAAAUACCAAGUUGGCUGGAUAUGGAUAAUCCACGGGUGACUCUAGUCACUCACGAAGAUAUUUUUCUGAAUAAAAGUGAUUUACCAACCUUUUCUAGUCCUGCUAUUGAAAGUCAUAUUCAUAGAAUACCUGGAAUUUCUGAUAAAUUUUUGUAUUUUAACGAUGAUGUCAUGUUAGGCGCCGAAAUAUGGCCGGAGGACUUUAUAACUCAAGCAGGUGGACAAAAGAUAUAUCUAGCAUGGUGGGUUCCUGAUUGUUCCGAAAUUUGUCCAUGGGCAUGGGUCGGCGAUGGAUCAUGCGAUCAUGCUUGUAAUACAACAUUAUGCGAAUUUGAUGGCGGUGAUUGUCAAACGACUGAUAUUCCUGUAGAUAGCGAGAUAAUGGAAGAGGAAGACGAUUAUCCAUACAAAUAUUUGCAAGAUUCUCGUGAAAACAAUGAGCUAAAAUUAUUAAGCAUCUUACGCAAUAAAAACAUUAAUCGAAAGGAUAUGUCAGCGUCAACAAUACAAACAUUAUAUACGUAUAAUUUUAAUACUACGAAAUCACUUCACACGUUUCGCAAUCUUGGAAAUAGCAAUUUUACGGACUUAGAAACGCGAAGCAGAAAAUUCGACGAUGGAGAGGAUUAUAAAUCUGCAAAGGAUUUUAAAUCUUCCCUGUAUUCCAGAUUCUUACAUGCAAAUAUGUCAAGCAGAACUGCGUAUCAUACUAAACGUUUAAAACGUUACCAUAACAUGAACGUGGUUCAGCCCAACAAUUCUGUCAAGUUCGAUAAAUUUACAUAUCCCAAUCAGUGGAAACGUAAUGCACGCGGACUUGACACCUAUGCGGAAUCAUUAUUAUAUGUAAAUAAAAUAUAUAAUGCCGCUUACGGCCUUGAAAGAAGGAGAGUACCGGCGCAUAUGCCACAUUUAAUGGAUAAGUGGAUUGUGAAUAGUAUGCAAGAGAAAUUCGAGUCUGAAUUUAAGAAAACGUCUAGUCAUAAAGUGAGAGAUCCUGAAGAUAUGCAAUUUGCAUUUUCUUAUUUUUAUUUUUUAUCUAGUGAGAAACGGAGAGUAUCCGUCGAAGAAAUAUUUGACAUGUUCGAUACUGAUAAAUCACGAACUUGGUCGGACAGAGAGAUAAGGACGCUUUUAUCCAGAUUAUAUCCAUUGCCACUCGAUUAUGAUCUAGUCAUGGAAUUUGAAAGUGAAAUAGUUAAUUGCUCACACCGCGUGAAUCUACCGAAGGUCGUCAACGUUCCGCCCGGAGAGAGAUAUCUAGAUUCCACUCUUCCGAUAGUUUCUAAAGAAUUAAUAUUGAAUUGCAAAUCAGUUUCUAAAAAAAUCCAAUCGAAAUUCGGCGAAACGAGCCGAUAUCCACAUGAAAUAAUAAAGGCUGGUAAAAAUGAAAUCUUUGAGAUGUUAACUAGUAAUAUUUCUUUAACAGUACAAUUGCUCGAUGAAAUUCGGAAGGAUCCCAAGAAGUUUAUCUGCUUGAAUGAUGACAUGGAUCCCAUUCGACAUUCUGAAAAUGAGAUUGUGCGCGCUUUGUUAAACGAUUUUUAUCGUUCGCUGUAUCCAUUGCGAAGUUCUUUCGAAUUACCAUCGCAAUAUCGAAAUCGUUUCUCUCAUCGACAUGAACUUUUCGAGUGGAGAGCAAAUCGUGCAAAAAUUAGAAAUCUAUUAUUGUGCCUUUUGGCAUUGCUCCUUCUAUUUGCAUUCUACCGUGCAUUUUAUUAUUACGCACGCAGACUAUGUAGAAUUCGAGAAUUACCGACAUUUCUUGUGUAAAGAAUCAACAAUAGAUCCAAAACUAAUCAAUGUGUGCGCAGAGUUGUACAAUAGAAUUAAUAAUGUUAAUUAUUGAUAUGUAAUUAAUGUUAAUUUAUAAAUUAAGUAAGUUUUAUGAUAUUUGAACGAUCUGCUUGUUAAGAAUUUUUUGAUUUGACAUUUUCUAAAAUUAGAUAACGAUAUUCCUGUGAUAUAAACAAUUUUUAUAAUCAAAUUUUAAUAAAAAGUAUAUAUAAACAGAACGUUAAGAUUAUGAAAUGCA